AUGGGCAUCCAUUAUAUACCGUGCAUAAAUAGCAUAUACUCUGAAAUGGCGCUUCUCUCCCUUUCCAUGCUAUACAUGGAGGCAUGUCUCCGCGAGCCUGUCCCUACUCCAACCUGGGUUCUAGCCCCGGUGUUGGAAAUCCCAUAUCCCUUUCCUGGGCCAUCUAUCUAUAGCGACGUACCUGCUCUUCCCCUGACUAUAAACGGUGUUCCUAUCCGCGCCCAGUAUAUCUUCGACGAUGAGCCAUCUCCAGUGGCAGGGCAUGAGGCGGAUCGCACUCCCCUAUCCUAUCUCCGAUACAAAUAA